AUGACGACGAUUGGAAAAAUUGAUGUUUUUGAUGAAACCCAAGAAAGCUGGGAGACGUAUGUCGAACGAGUAGAACAUUUUUUCCCUGCAAACGAUGUCGACGACAAUCAUCAAGUGCCAACUCUGCUGAGUUUGAUUGGAAGCAAAACGUAUUCAUUAUUAAAGGAUUUACUUUUGCCAGAAAAGCCUGCAGACAAGAACUUUGAUGAAAUAGUAAGUACAUUACAGAAGCAUUUAAAUCCUAAACCACUAGAAAUAGCCGAACGGUUUCGUUUUUAUAAGAGAAAUCAGCAAGAAGGGGAGAGCAUUUUAAGUUAUAUAGCUGAGUUAAAGAAAUUAACCACACAUUGCAAUUUUGGAAAUAACUUGGAAGAAACCUUGCGUGCCAGAGUGGUGUGUGGAUUAAGUAAUCAGCAAAUUCAGAAACGUCUCCUUGCAGAGUCAAAAUUAAAAUUCUCCAAAGCUGUUGACAUAGCAGUUGCUAUGGAAACAGCCACUGGAGAUGCUACAGAGAUCCACAGCAAGGGUAGAGAAGAAAAUCCUCUUGGUCUUGACAAACUGACACUGAACAGACCCUCGAAUAGAUCAGAUAGUGGCCCACCUUCCCCUGUAGUGUGUUAUCGAUGUGGAGCUAAUACCCAUGUUGCAACUGAGUGUAGAUUUAAGAAAGAAGUCUGUCAGAAGUGUGGAAAGAGAGGUCAUAUUCAAAGAGCUUUCCGGGCACAACAAAGCCAGGGGCCCGGCAGACCCUCGCCCAGAUCAAGAUACCAGAAAUCGACCAAUGCCAUAGAGACCGAACCAGAUGAGUAUGAACACUUGUUGAAUAACCUAGAAGUUCAUAAUGUAAACAAAUCAAACAGUGAUGUCAUAUGGAUUGACGUGAAAGUUGAAAAUCAACCACUAUCCAUGGAACUAGACACAGGAUCGGUCUUGGCCAUUUUGCCAUAUGACAUGUUCUUGGAAAGAUUUCGCGACAAGAAGUUAGAGAAAACAACCACCGUACUAAAGACCUGUACUGGUGAACUGAUUGUUCCAGUUGGUUGCCUUACCAUGCAAGUUGAAUACUUAGAUCAAUCAUGUCAAUUGCCAUUCCAUGUAGUCCAGACUAAGGGUCCAGUGUUAAUGGGUCGAGAUUGGCUUCACAAGCUUCGCCUCGACUGGAAAACCAUUAAGUUGUUGAAAUCCUCAGAUUCCAGCCAUAGAAACCAUGGCACGACUACACAAGAGCAGCUAAAAAACCUAUUGGAUACGUAUGCAUAGGUUUUUAAAGACAAGCUGGGAACUUUCAAAUCUGCCAAAGCAAGGAUAACCCUCAAAGAAGGUAGUCAACCACAGUUUCGCAAAGCUCGUCAGGUCCCAUAUUCCUUACGACCGGAAGUGGAGGAAGAACUGAAGAGACUUCAGAGCGAAGGUAUUUUGUCGAAAGUAGAGUGGAGUGAUUGGGCGACACCGAUUGUACCAGUGCCGAAACAAGAUGGUUCAGUCCGUAUUUGUGGUGACUUCAAAGGUACUAUUAACCCAACACUACAAGCAGAACAGUAUCCUCUGCCUCGAAUCGAAGAUAUCUUUGCCCAUUUAGCUGGUGGGAAAAGGUUUUCCAAGAUCGACCUCCGCCAAGCUUACCAUCAGAUUGAGCUGGAGGAAGAAUCCAAGAAGUACCUUACAAUUAAUACGUCCAUGGGCUUGUUUCAAUACAAUCGAUUGGUGUUUGGUAUCACCUCAGCUCCCGCCAUUUGGCAGCGUUCCAUGGAUCAGAUUCUGGAAGGAACUUCUGGUAUUAGUUGUAUCCUAGAUGAUAUGAUUGUGAUGGGUAAAAGCGACGCAGAGCAUAUGGCUAACCUGGAGGAG